AUGGAAAGAACAGGCUUAGAACAAAAUCCAGAACUUUAAGAAGAAGAAAUCUUUAAUGAUGAACAAAAGGCUAUGGAACCUAUAAAUUUUGAAGCCUCUAAAUAAGAUAUUCUCAAACUAUUCUAUGAAGAUGAACCAAUUUAAGCUUAUAAUCUAUUUAAAAAGUUAAAGUAAUGUAUUGAGCAAGAUCUUGUGUAAUUCAAUGAUGAUCAGAGUGAAACUCCUGAGUAGCAGAUGGAUAAAUUUGAAUAAUCUGAGGAAAUGGUCGCAUUGAAGAAGGAUUUCUUGAUAAUUGAAUACUUUAUGAAGGAGUUGAAUUCUGAUAUGAGUAGCUGGACUAGACACACAGACAAGCCAGAUUUCAAAAUUUAUUAUAGACAAGAAUAAGGCUUCAAAGGACUGACUUUGUACCUUGAAGUUGAGUUUAAGUCACCUCUCAUGAACUUAUUUACUAUUCUAGCUGAAGUUGAUCUGUUUUAGAAAUGGAUACCCUUCACAGCAAAGUCAGAGUUAAAAGGUAGCGUCUCACACUUGAGAAAGUUGGCAUAUUUAAAACAAAAUUUCCCCUUCCCAAUGUCUGCAAGAGAAGUUUAUUUAUCAGCUUGCGGUAUUGCACUUGAAGAUUAAAAGGCUUGUAUUUUGACACUAAGUUCAGUUGAAAAGGAUUCAUGGUUUGGUACUAGCAUUCAGAGAGAUCCUAAAUGUGUAUAUAUGGACAUCCACAAGGCAUUCAUUUAUGCAAAGGCCUUAGACAAGAAUACAUCUGUGUUAAAAAUGAUAUAAAAUGUUGAUCCUCAUCUAGACUACAUCCCAUAAGCACUUAUUAACUUUGGAAUGAAGAAUCUCAUUGGUGUAUUUAUUGGAUAGAUUAGAAAGAGAUGUGAGAAUCUACCUGAGGAGUAUCUUAAAUUAAUGGAGGAAAAGAAAGAAUUUUAUGAUGAGAUAUAUAGAAAAGUCUGCGCUGUUUCAUAGGAAUCUGUUCUGUGA